CUUUCAAAACUCCUUUAAUUCUGAAUUUGGAUGGGUAUUUAUUGGAUUUUAGAAACCCUAAUUGAAAUAGAAGUAGGACUUGGAAUAGAAAUAGGAAACUGAAUUUUGGAUGCUGAUCGCGUGGUGGAUUUUAGAAACUCUAAUUGAAAUAGAAGUAGGACUUGGAAUAGAAAUAGGAAAUGAAUUUUGGAUGCUGAUCGUGUGGUGCUGACACUUCGGAUUACGUGUUGACACAAAAUAGGAAACAGAAUCUGAUUCUGGACGUUUAACACAUGGUGUCGACACCCCGGUUACGUGUCGACACUACACCCGUGUCGGGUUUUUGGCUUCCUUUUGCAAUUUUUUCAAUGGUUCCAAAUGGCCACUCUUCUUGCAAUUCAGUCCCUCAACUUUUAGAAAAUAUUCAAUAAAUCCUCAAAACUCUUAUUUUAUGCAUUCAAAUCUUUUUCUACACAAAAAAUGAAAAUCAUGUAAAGUCUCAUAAAACUCAGUAAAAUUUCAUAAAACUCAUCCAAAUAUCAAUAAUAUCAAGGCAACAAUUCUACAUUAAUAUGUAUACAAUUUCAACUCAUCACUGCUCCCUGCAAGAAUAAACAGUAAAUCCCUGU